GUAACUGGUUAACUUGUUGGUUUGUGAGGAAAGAUUUGUAUCUAAUGUUUAUUAAAGUGUUCAAGGAAAGGGUAUGUAGUUAUGAAACAGUGAACUGAUUAAAAAUAUUGAAGAAGAAGCUAAUUUUCUCCUGAAAAUGGAUCCUAAUUGCGGUAUGCCAUGUUGGUACUUUGAGAAGAAAGAGUUAAGGAACACUCCUUCUGUUCAAGAUGGCAUUGAGUACGAGACUGAGUGUCGAUACAGGAAGGAAGGAGCCAGAUUCAUCAUUGACACUGGAACAAAGAUGGACCUAGGCUACAACACUAUGGCCACUGGAGUCGUUUAUUUUCAUAGAUUUUACAUGUAUCAUUCAUUUAGAAAUUUCCCCCGUUACGUCACAGCUUGUUGCUGUUUAUUUUUAGCAGGAAAAGUUGAGGAAACACCAAAGAAGUGUAAAGAUAUCAUAAAGACUGCCAAAGGUCUUCUAACAGAGCAGAAAUUUGCAACAUUUGGUGAAGAUCCAAAGGAGGAAGUAAUGACAUUGGAAAGGAUUCUCCUACAGACCAUUAAGUUUGACUUGCAGGUGAGCACCCCUAUAGCUUUCCUCCUAAAAUAUGCAAAAAGUCUCAAGGGAGACAAGCAAAAGCUACAUAAAAUGGUGCAGAUGGCAUGGACAUUUGUCAAUGACAGCUUGUGUACAACACUGUGUCUUCAGUGGGAACCAGAAGUGAUAGCAGUAGCUCUCAUGUACUUGGCAGGAAAGCUCAGCAAGUUCGAGGUAGUGGACUGGAUCGGCCGUCAUAGUAAACAUCUGCGUUGGUGGGACAUGUUCGUGGAGGAUAUAACUAUGGAUCUUUUGGAAGGUAAUGCGUUACAAAAAGGAGC